CUUGGUGCAGGCCUGGCCCUUCCCCUUUCUCCGUCUGGGCUCUCUGAUAGUGCAGUGGCCCAACCAAGACAGCCUGCAAGCUGUGGUGGAUGGGCUGGAGGCCUUUUCUGCCCACAGGGCUUGUCCCAGGAAGUCAGAACUGAGGAUGCUGGAUUUCACCCUGGACUCUGAGCAAGUCCACAGUAAAGGGGCUUCUGAAGCCUUGGCCAAGUUCCCAUUUUGGUUACCAUCAACAGUCAAGGCAGAGAUGCCCCAGGCCGCGGCCAGGCCCAAGCCAACAGAGAAUAUGAAAAAAGGACCAAAGCAGCCAUGGGAAGCAGUGGAAAUACACGUUGAUCUUUUCCUACGAGGCCCCUUCAAGUUAGAUAAGUUCCUCUCCAGCCUCCUGACGAAAGUGGAACAGAGCCACGGGGCCCUGCAUCUCUGCUGUAGGAAGUUGCACAUUGAGGAGAUGCCCUUCCACAGUCUGCUGGGGAUCCUGAAGACACUCAAGCUGGAUUUCAUCCAGGAGCUGGAGGUGUUUGACUGGUUUGACUGGUUCUGGGCAUUGUCAGAUCCAAACCUAUCUGCAACACAGCUGGGAAGGAUCUUCAACCUGCGCAGCCUCAAACUCAUCUACUACAACUGGGCCUUCUCCUCACGGGGCGAGCGGCCCUCCAGCUACUUCCUCUCACAGCUGACCAGGCUGGGCCACCUCCAGAAGCUGCACCUGUCUUACUCCUACCUUUCAGGCAACCUACAUUAUGUACUCAGCUGUCUGUGGGUUCCACUGCAUUCCCUGGAGAUCUGCUACUGCAGGCUUCUCGACACUGACAUCACCUACUUGUCCCAGAGCCCUCAUACCACUUGCCUGAAGAAGCUGGAUCUGAGUGGCAACAACCUGUCCUACAUGAUCCCUAGGCCCUUGGGGACUCUGCUGAGGGAGGUCUCAGGGACGCUGCAGCACUUAGACCUGAACCACUGCCGGCUGAAGGAUGCCCACCUCAAUGCCCUCCUGCCUGCCCUGUGCCGCUGCUCCCACCUCAGUUCCCUGAGCCUCUCCGACAACCCCAUCUCCAGUGCCUGCCUCCUGAGCCUGCUGGAGCACACAACGGGGCUGAUGGAGCUGAAGCAGGUACUCUAUCCUAUCCCAGUCGACUGCUGCAUGUACCUGCAUGGCCUCUCCUGGGGUCCCGUGAACAAGGACAAGCUGCGCCAGUUGCAGGCUGAGAUACAGAAGCAGCUGCAGGCCAUGCAGCGGGCUGACAUGCAGUGGAGCCCCGCUGCCCUUGCUUAUGCAGCUGGUGCAGUUUGA